AUGCCACCGUCAAUGCCGUUGGCAACGGAGCUAGAUCUUCUAUUGAAAUGCACAGAAGGCCAAUACAACAAGGCGUUUAUCACGACUAUGGAUAAUGGAGUGGAAGUUUUGGCAAGACUUCCUAAUCCUAAUGCUGUUGGUGCCGAGUACAUCAUUGAGGAGAAGGCAGAGGGCGUGCCGCUAGAGAGCCUUUGGUAUCAGUGGCAAACAGAAUCACGACUCAACCUUGUGACUCAGCUCCUUGACUUCGAAACGGAGCUGACGUCGCUUUCAUUUCGGAGACACGGCUGCAUCUACUACAAGAAGGAUUUGGAAAUGAAAGGUCUUCCGGCGUAUGAUCUAGAAGCCAAGCCUCUACUAUGUGGCGGCCGUGCGAACGAGCCCGAUCCUGCGCUGCUAGAGGAUUUUGCGCUUGGUCCGUUAACCGAAGCAAGAUUGUGGGAAGACGAUAGAGCUACGAUGGUAUUGGAUCGAGGUCCAUGGAGCACGAACGCGUACGCAAGGCCCCGAAUAAAUCCUCGCCGAUCUCUUGAGGAGCCAGAAUCUCCUGACGAGUACAUUUCACUGUUGGAUCGAUACCUUCAACACGUGCCCCAUCUGUCUCCACCCCCUUUGCGAACAUCGCUCUCGCAUCCAGACCUUCACCUCGAUAACAUAUUCGUUGACCCAGACACGAAGAAAAUAACUUGCAUCAUUGAUUGGCAGUCAGCCUCGGUAUCUGAGCCAUUCUUCCAGCACAGUAUUCCACGUUUGCUGCUUCCAGUCGGAUCGAGAACCACUCAUGGCCAAUUGGACGCUGCGCCAGAAGAGGGCGACGUAGGAAAAUAUCCAAACAAGACUGCAGAUCUGCUCAGCCAUUAUCAACGCCUCACCAAACUUAAGAAUGGGCAACGGUGGACUGCAAUGAAUGUACACAAUCGCUCCCUUUUAGCCGAGCUCCUCUCUUCGCUCUGCGGCGCCUGGAACAGGGAUGACGUGUUUUCCUUCCGUCACGUCUUGAUACACAUAGCCGCUCGAUGGGAAGAAAUUGGACCAUCGACGACACAUUGUCCCAUACUAUUUACGGAGAAGGAACUGGAGCUUCACAGUAGUGAAUUGGAGCUUAUAGAGGGCCUCGGAGAAGUCCUGCACCAACUUCAAACCGAUAACCUGAUUCCACUGGGCGGCAUGGUCCUUCGAGAAAAUUACGACCGGGCUUUAAGUAUCAACAAUGCCGUCAGGGAGAUGUUUGUUAAUAUGGCUGAAUCUGAGUCGCAGAAAGUUUUGUACUCACGAGUAUGGCCAUACCAAGACCAAGAUUCGUGA